CAACAACAAAAACAACGCACCACGUGCAGGGCAACGGAACGUAGGAGACGGAACGGCGUUUCCGGGCGGGGGGGGGAUGAUUGUGGAUGACGGACGCGGUGCAACCCGAAAAGCGUCCCCCCAGAUCCCGGAAGUGGCGACAGAAACCAUGAGCCGAUAUCGGAUGCUGCUGCCCACCAUUUUACUCCAGAUCCAGAAAAUCCACACCGCGGGGCAACACCUGAAAUCCAAAAGCGGGGCAGAGCAUCGCUGGCUGGAGAGACAUUUCCAAGACCCAUUUGUGAAGAGAGCCAAAAAGUUGAACUAUCGUUGCCGAAGUGCCUUCAAAUUGCUGGAGAUUGACGACAAGCAUCACCUCUUUCGCCCUGGGCUGCAUGUCCUGGACUGUGGGACGGCCCCUGGAGCCUGGGCUCAGGUGGCUGUUGAAAGGGUCAAUGCUGCAGGAUCUGACCCAAAACAGCCUGUUGGCUUUGUCCUCGGAGUUGAUCUUCUUCACCUUUUCCCCCUGGAAGGGGUAAUUUUUCUCCCUCAUGCCGAUAUCACGGAUCCGAGCACCCACGAGAAGAUCCAAACCCUUCUCCCGAAAGGAAAAGCGGACAUUAUCCUAAGCGACAUGGCACCGAACGCAACCGGCAUCCGGGAAUUCGAUCAUCAAAAGUUGAUUCACCUGUGCCUGUCCCUUCUGGAUCUGGCCAGAGGCGUUUUGCAGCCAGGAGGGAUCCUGCUGUGCAAAUUCUGGGAUGGCAAGGAGAGCCACCUCCUCCGAAGCCGGCUGUUGCAAGACUUCCAGGAAGUGAAGACCCUAAAACCUCAAGCGAGUAGGAAAGAAUCGGCCGAGACUUUUUUCUUAGCAAAAACCUACCGAGGCAUCUCAAAUGUGCAGCAGAAUAAACUUGAGUAGCUCCAUG